AUGUACGACCUGGCGGUAAUAGGAGGAGGGAGUGGUGGCCUGGCACUUUCUAAAAGGGCAGCUGCAGUCUAUGGGAAGAAAGUCUUGCUCGUUGAGAAGGAUGCCAUGGGAGGUACUUGUGUAAACACCGGGUGCAUUCCAAAGAAGAUGCUUUAUAAUCUGGCAUCUUUAAAUACGGAGGGAAAGUGUUUAUACGGAGACCAGAAGACAGAGCAUAAUUGGAAGGAAUUUAGAGAGAAGAGAGAUAAAUAUAUCCACUUUCUUAAUGAAAUGUACAUAAAAAGGAAUGAAAAGGACGAAGUUACAACUGCUAAGGGAACUGCAGUGAUUGGUAAAGAUUCAAUCAAUGUGGGUGAAGAUAUUUAUGCAGCGAAAGUGACAGUUCUUGCUAUGGGAUCUAGACCAAGUACUUUGGAGUGCACUGGAAAGGAGAAUUUCAUGACAAGCGAUGACUUUUUCAAGUUUGAUGAAGUCCCUGCAAGUAUAGUCAUCAUAGGCACAGGAUACAUUGCAAUUGAAACAGCAUGUGUACUUCAGGAAUUUGGCUGUAAGGUGACUCUGGUGGCAAGGAGAACAGGUGUACUAAGGGCCUUUGAUGAAAUGAUACAGAAAGGUGUGCAGGAUAGUCUUAUGCGCAAAGGAAUCCGUUUGAUUGAGAAAGUAACUGUCACUCAUGUAGAAAAAGUCAGUGAAGGCGUUAGAAUAACACUUGCAUCCGAGAGUGGAAGUGAAAUAAUCUCAGCAGAGAAGGUCAUCUGUGCAAUUGGAAGGCAUGCGAAUACAGAGGCAGUGAUGAACCCAGAGAUAAAAAAGACUCAGUAUGGGUUCAUAGAUACAGAUGACUUCUUUCAGACAACUUAUAGAAAUGUAUAUGCAAUUGGAGACAUAACCAUGGAUCAGCACAUGCUUACACCCGUGGCAAUAUUCUGUGGAAGGCGACUAGCUGACUAUUUGUAUAAAAAUACAGUUAAGAGGACCCUGAAGGAAUUAGUUCAGUCUGUUCCUACAGUUGUAUUUUCAUACCCUCCUGCUGGCUCAGUUGGAUACACAGAAGAACAAGCCAGAAAUAUAAAAGAUUCUGUGUCUGUGAAGGAGUUUCAGCUCUUCCACCCAGCAUCUCUUUUUUCCAGCCAAAAGAACACAUAUAAAUUUAUAGUGUGCAAUGAGACAUCUGAAAUAUGCGGAAUUCACGUGUAUGGCUAUGAGUGUGAUGAGAUUCUUCAGGGAUAUUCUGUGCUAGUGCGAAAUAAUAUUACAUAUCCUCAAAUGUCUGAAUAUUUCCAGUCGAUUGGUGCGGAUCCAUAUGACAUUCUAUCAGGCGUGUUUGAAUAA